AUGGUUGGGGAGUGGUUUAAGUUAGAGGUUUCUAAUGUUGUUAGAAUCCUUCGGGUUUUCCAUGUUUGCUCGGGGCUGAAAAUUAACUUAGACAAAUCUAAUAUAUAUGGAAUUGGAGUGGGUUGGGAUGAGAUUGGAGAUAUGGCUAAGGAGGUUGGGUGUAAUCCGGAUACUACGCCUUUCAAGUAUCUCGGGCUGAAAGUUGGUGCUAAUAUGAACCGAAUAAGUAACUGGCUUCCGGUUUAUGAAUUUUUCCGUGCUCGGCUCGCCAAAUGGAAAUCGAAUCUUUUGUCCAUAGGGGGAAGGGUGGUGAUUAUAAAGUCGGUAUUGGAAAGUUGGGGAUUCACCUCUUCGGAACUUUUUAAAGGAGAAAUUGGUAAUGGUCAGACUGUUACGUUUUGGCUCGACCCUUGGGUGUGCAACGAACCAUUAAAAAACAUGUUCCCUGAUCUGUUUAAGCUGGAGAAUAAUAAAAAAGGUGUGGUCGCGGACCGUAUUGUGAAUUCUGGCAGUGGAUGCAUGUUUCAGUGGAGCUGGAGGGAGGCUGUCAUUGAACCGGGGCUGGUUGCUGACUUCCAGCAACUUCAGUUGUUACUGGAGAACAUUCAAGUCUCGGAUGCUGCUGACCGUUGGUCUUGGAAGUCCGAUGCGGCUGGGAAAUUCUCGGUUAAGGCUGUCAGGCUUUUGAUUCGGGCGGAAGUUGACAUAAGUGAUAGAUAUAUCAUGAAUGGUGUAAUUGGUCCCCUGCCAAGGUGA